UAUAUUAUAAACAAAUCAUACAAGGAAUAUUAUGAAGGGAUUUACCUACAUUGAUGAUAUUGUGAAGGGUUGUUUGGGUUCAUUGGAUACAGCAGAGAAGAGUACCGGGAGUGGAGGGAAGAAGAAAGGGUCGGCACAAUUGAGGGUUUUCAAUUUGGGGAGUACAUUUCCUGUGCCAGUUACUGAUCUUGUUAGUAUUUUGGAAAGGCUUUUGAAGGUUAAGGCUAAAAGGAAUGUUAUGAAGUUGCCACGCAACGGGGAUGUUCCAUAUACACACGCAAAUAUUAGUUAUGCUCAGAAGGAAUUUGGAUAUAAGCCUACCACGGAUCUGCAGACAGGGUUGAAGAAAUUCGUGCGGUGGUACCUUAGUUACUACGGAGACAAGAAGGCUGUUGGGCGAAAGCUUCAACUUGGUUUUUCUCAUCACCUUCCUUACAACAUACUAACUUACAAUAGCGUCAGCUGAAUAUGUGCCAAGUUUGCAUGCCAUGGCAGCUGAAGAACUGCGCCUUAUCAAAUGUAAACUGCCAUCUUAUGGGUCAAAAGAAGGACCACCUACAAUCAAAUUUAGGUCGUCCGGAAGGGUAUAGGCCGUCUAUCAGGCCAGGAUUCUAUUCUUUCAAAA